GAGCGCUGCCCCCUGGCGGACACGUCGCAGCGAGUUGCGUAACGAAGCACACUCGUCUUCGGACGUCGCGCCGAAAACUUUCUCUCCGUCGACGGAAUGGAGGAGCUGAAAUCGGCAUAAAGUUUCGCGCGAUGCGCACCCGCCGCCCGCUGCACUAGGCCGGUCUUUGCGCUCGACCGAUCGGGGGACGUCGCUCGUGUGAUUUGUUUGAAACUUCCCAAAGUUUUCGGCGAAAGUUGGCGCGGGGAGUGCGGCGACAGUGGUUUCGCCGGGGGAGUGUUGAGUGCCGGCGCCGCGCCGGUGGUCAGCGCCGUCGGCCGCAGUCGGCGGUGUCGGUGGUCCGCGGGCCCGCGGUGCUGGUGCGGUCGAUACUGCGGUGGGAGCGGCGAAGAUAAAUAUCUCGUCAUGUGGGGGCAGACAGUGCAGCCUAUUAGAACAUAAUAGACGACGCCUCUCAUGACCACAGAGCUCUGCCGGCAGCAGAAAGAUGUCCUAAUAUGGGUUGGUCAUGCGUGGUGGCACGCGCCGUGGCCGUCUUCCUCAUGCUCAGCCGAGCAACAGCUUUGACGUCCGACAUAUUCGCUGCGGGAAAGUCGGACAAGGAGAUAUUGGACAACCUCUUGAAAAACUCCCGCUAUGACAAAAGACUGCUUCCACCAGUUGACGGCGUCCUCAUGGUGAAUGUCAGCGUUCUUCUACUUAGUUUAGCGUCUCCAGAUGAGUCUAGUCUUAAAUAUGAGGUCGAUUUUUUGCUUCAACAGCAAUGGUACGAUCCUCGCCUUAGAUAUUCCAACCAGUCUGAUUACGAAUAUCUAAACGCCAUCCACCAUCAUGAAGAUAUCUGGCUACCAGAUACCUACUUCAUAAUGCAUGGCGAUUUCAAAGACCCAAUAAUACCAAUGCAUUUUGCAUUACGUAUUUACCGUAACGGCACCAUCAACUAUUUGAUGCGACGCCAUCUUAUACUAUCCUGCCAAGGGCGGCUCAACAUCUUUCCCUUUGACGAUCCAUUGUGUUCAUUUGCCUUAGAGAGUAUCUCGUAUGAAAUGUCUGCGAUAACGUACGUAUGGAAAAACGAUGAAGAUACGCUGCGAAAGUCACCCUCGUUGACCACGCUCAAUGCGUAUCUCAUCCAGAACCAAACCAUACCCUGCCCGAUCAAAGCGAGCUGGAGAGCUGAUGGUAUGUCACAAUACGAAGACGACGAACUGACAUGUAACCUUUGCCAGAGACGAUUUGAGGAGCAAGGUAACUACAGCUGUCUAAAGGUGGACUUAAUUUUUACGAGAGACCGAGCAUUCUACUUUACCACUGUAUUCAUUCCUGGAAUUAUUCUGGUGACCUCCUCCUUCAUCACAUUUUGGUUGGAAUGGAACGCUGUUCCAGCUCGUUCCAUGAUAGGUAAUUACAGCUGCCUCCGGGUGGACCUCAUCUUCACGCGAGAUAGAUCAUUUUACUUCACUACUGUUUUUAUUCCUGGAAUUAUUUUGGUGACAUCGUCAUUUAUUACUUUUUGGCUGGAAUGGAAUGCAGUGCCUGCUAGAGUUAUGAUAGGCGUAACAACGAUGCUGAAUUUCUUCACUACGUCGAACGGGUUCCGUUCAACGUUGCCGGUCGUGUCGAACCUGACGGCGAUGAACGUAUGGGACGGCGUGUGUAUGUGUUUCAUCUACGCCUCGCUGCUGGAGUUCGUGUGCGUGAACUACGUCGGCCGCAAGCGCCCGCUCCACAACGUCGUGUACAGACCCGGGGAGAACCCGGUCACUCAGCGACUGCCCGCAGUCCUGAGCAGAAUUGGCAUUAUACUGGCCAGCCCCUUGGAGGCGAUGGCAAUAUUUCACUGGGCCAAGCCAGAAACGCCCCAGCCGGAGACUAGCGGUGCAGGGGAUAAAAAACGGGAGUCGACGGGUGCGGCGGACUUGGUGACGUGUACGGCGUGCUCCGGCCCACCCGGCUCCUGCACGCACACUGCCAACAACGGGGGCGUCUCGGAGCCAUGUUUCGUCCAGGUACGCAAGAAGGAGCCGCCGCACCCGAUCCGCGUGGCGAAGACGAUCGACGUGAUCGCCCGCAUCACCUUCCCCACUGCCUACGCCGUUUUUCUGAUCUUCUUCUUCAUCCACUACAAGGCCUUCUCUUAAUGCCGCCCGCGCCCCUGCGCCCCGCCCGCUCCGCCCGCGCCGGCCGCAUUCGGGACAGUCAGAACAACAUAUUUUGUAUAUUUUAUUACACGCCGCUGCGUUCGAGCGCCCCACGGCCACGCCACGGUACCUAAGAUAAUAUUUUUGAUGAACAUCCAUAUUGUUAAGUAUUUGUGAUUAUAUUCAGUACCUAGUCGUAGUGUUUAAGCUGAAGCAUCGAGCGAGAGAACGUGCCGCUUCGAAAGUUGCGUUCGGAUGUGAGUCGGGAAUUUUGCUACCGGUUUUUAAUAUGUUAAAAAAAUUAAACGUGGAUGUGAUCGACUUGAGACUCUUUUAAGAAAUUAUAAUUCUUAUGAUAGGUUAAAGAGGGAUCAAAACGUGAAAAACUUUUGAUACGAAUGAAAAUUCACGAAGGAAGCUCUUAAGCGUUCGUACGCCGCUACGCAGACCUACUACUAGCAGUCCACUCGUAUUUAAUUUAAGCUAAACGAUAAAUUUAUUACAUUAUUUAAGUACGAUAGUUUAAUCGGUCACUCCUAGUUGUAGUUGGAAUUUUCCAUGAAACACCCAUUCUAAUUAUUGUGAUAAUGUCUCAUUACUCUUAAAUUGCUUUUAGCUGUAUCGUUUAUUUAAGUUUCGUAUAAUUUAUUACUAGCGAAUCAAAUAUUUUAAGUAUAGUACAAAACUAGAUGAUAAAGCUCAAAUAUGAAUAUAAUUAUAGAGCACGUUUUCAUUACGCUAUCGAUUCAUAUCACGACGUUCCACCAUAUAAAAUAUACCAUGAACAUGCCUUCAAUUCUACGUAUCGUUUGCCUGAAAAUGAAUUACAAUGAAAAAUGAAAGAUUAUGCAAUAAAUUAGCGGAAUAUUUAAAAUAGAAUGUAUUUGGCGGUACCUUGUAGAUACUUU